AUGGACGUCGAACAUCUUAUCGCCCUCCUUACUGAAGUUGCCCCCCAAAAUGAACUUCCACGUCAAGCGGAUAUCCGCCUUGAAGAUACCUUUCAUGAACGGCUUCGUAUUGUUCUAGACGCCAUCGCCAGCAUUCCCAAGAAAACUUAUCAACACGCUCGCAACCUCAUUGAUGACCUGAAGAAACUCGGGGCUGACUUUGCCGAUUAUCGAAAAAGUGCAGAACAGGAGAUACACACCAGUCAGCAGUCAGAACCUGGCAGAGUGGAUUCCCCUGAGAUUGAUGAGAGGAAUUUACCCCCUCAUCUCAGACAGAAGAUUUAUUUCUUUCGUAGAAGAGUACUCUUAUUUGCUCUUCCAAAAAUCCACCAGAGACUCCAUAAGGGAUACAAACCCACCAAAUCCUCCCGAGGGUUGACAUUCGUCCGUAUCGCCGAAGAGCUGGAUAUCAAUAUCAAUAGCAGUGUCAAUAUCCUGAAGAAAUGCUCCAUGAUUAUAAACUGGAUGUUACAUCAUUUGCCAAAUAAUUCCAGGUUAUUUUCUAUUGAGAAGGAAGAUUAUGUGGUUGAGGGCUUGAAUUCCAUUGCAGGUAUGGUUGACGAAUUAUUUGAGACAAAGACAUGGUUGGCGGACAUUCCUAACACCUCAUCCAAAACAGAUGACUUUCCAUUUGAACAAUUCUUAAGGAAAAUGUCUUCAAUUUCAAGCAACACGGAUACCCUUUUACAAAACAAAUAA